GUCGCAUUUUCUGUGGCCGCUCCCCAUUUCCCAUCUUCCCUUCCGGGUCUUACACACCGGAGAACAAGGUCGUGAAAAGAAGAGGACUUGGUUUGGUACUGUCCUUUGUAUCGUCUAGGGGCUCUGCGCUUUUCGCAGAACUUCCAACAGCGCUAUGUUGGGACAGAGCAUCCGGAGGUUCACAACCUCUGUGGUCCGUAGAAGCCACUAUGAGGAGGGCCCAGGGAAGAAUUUGCCAUUUUCAGUGGAAAACAAGUGGCGGUUACUUGUUAUGAUGACUAUGUACUUUGGAUCUGGAUUUGCUGCACCUUUUUUUAUAGUAAGACACCAGCUGCUUAAGAAAUAAGGAUGUUUUAAUUAAUCCAUUAAACAGGUGUGAAAAGGAGCAUUUUAAGAGGUGCAGUCUCUUUGAAAAAUGGAUCCAACUCUUGAAUUCAACAUACUCAAUAUGUUUGUAAAUAAACUUAUGGCAUGAA